AUGAGUAUCGCUGUAAUGUUGCAGGAGUUAACGGAAAGGUUGCCACCGGCUGUAAGGCUCAACUGGGCGUAUCAUCGUCAGACGCUUGCCAGAGUCACCUUGUCGGAUUUCGGAGAUUGGUUAGAAAAGUUAGUGGAAGCGGCUAGUAUCGUCACUGUCCCAGCUAUCAGUGUUGCGAGAUCAGAGAGACGAGGUCGGAAGGAGGAUAAUUACAUAACUGUUCAUUUAGAAAGCGGUGCCAGCAAAGAACUUGAAACAAAAGCCCGCUCGGUUGUUGUUCCGAAAGGUUGUGUAGUAUGCCUAGAGGAAUGCAACGGUUUAGAGACGUGUCGCAAGUUUUUCAGCAUGGGCAUCGGAGCUCGAUGGACAGUGAUUAAAGAACAGAAAUUAUGUAGAAAAUGUCUUCGGAAACAUUUCGGCGCUUGUCACGUUAAACUACCAUGCGGAAAAGAUGGUUGUACGUUCAUGCAUAGUAAACUGUUACAUGAUAGCAACCGGUACAAGUCUACUGUUUGCGGAUCGGAGACGUCAGCGGCUGGAAAUUCUACAACACAAAGUUGCAACACCCAUUCAAAUACGACCGGCAAGAUACUUUUUCGGUACGUAAAACGAAAGAUGGUGAAAACCUUCGCCUUUCUAGACGAUGGAUCGUCAGCCACGUUUUUGGAACACGGACUGGUGCGAGAACUGGGUCUCGAAGGAACGUCACACCCAUUAUGUCUCAACUGGACGGGAGGUCAGCAAAGGGAAAAAAACGGUUCGGUUAAAUUGGCGCUCAAAAUUUCCGGAACACAUGACGUAAAUAAAAUCUACGAACUUUCGAAGGUCCACACAGUACGCAGUCUUUCUUUACCGCAACAAUCGGUAUCAGUGCAGUAA